AUGGGUUCUGACAAGAAAAUCAAGGAGCCUUUUUGGCUAGGCGGUGCUGCAGCCUGUAUGGCUGUUUGCUUCACACAUCCUCUGGAUCAAACAAAAUAUCGGAUGCAGGUCCUAAAGUCAAAUAGUUCUAUGCUUAGUGUCUUGUACCGAUUCGCUGCACGAGAUGGCAUCCCAUCUCUAUGGACUGGUCUAUCAGCAUCCAUCCUCCGUCAAGGAACAUACUCAACCGCCCGUUUUGGCUUCCAUACAUACUUCUCUGAUAAAGUCAGAAGCCACACAGGCAAACCGCUAUCGGUAACACAAAACAUCGCCUGUGCAGGUGUUGCAGGUGGUGUUGCUGGUCUAGUUGGUAAUCCAGCUGAAGUUGUCCUUGUUCGCAUGUGUGCGGAUGGUGCGAAAGCUCCGGCUCAGCAAUUCGGAUAUAAUCAUGCUUUGGACGCUUUGGUGAGAGUUUAUAGUGAGGAGGGCAUGAUGGCGUUCUGGAAGGGUCUUGCUCCUAAUAUCGCGAGAAGUGCUUUGAUGAAUGUCUCUCAAAUUGCUACAUAUGCUUCGGCCAAACAAUAUCUUCUUGCCAACAACUUCAAAGACGACACAAAGACCCACGCCAUCUCUUCCCUAGCAGCCGGAACAAUGGCCACAACCAUCUGUGCACCAGCAGACGUCUUGAAAAGCCGCAUGCAGUCCAACGCAGGCAAAGAAGGUCUCGCUCAAGUCCUCAGCACUGGUCUUCGCGAAGAAGGUCCCCGAUUCCUCAUGAGAGGCUGGACACCCGCUUGGUUAAGACUCACACCUCACACUGUUUUGACAUUUGUAUUCAUGGAGAAAUUGCGACAGAUUACUUCUUUUGAUUGGCUAGGUGGAUUGGAGAAACAGGAACAGGAAACGCUUCGUUGA